AUGGUGCAAGUCGGGUGCACCUAUGAGCGUUUCUUGGCACAUAGGACUCCUGCCUUCACGGGCGAAGAGGAUCCACUUCGAGUUGGGAGGUGGAUUGAAGACCUUGAGAGGACAUUCGAACGCUUCAAGAAAGAGUUCGAUGAUCGCUUCUUCCCCGUUUUUGUGAGAUGGCAAAAGGCUGGAGAAUUCAAUAACUUGGUCCAAAGGGAUAUGACUGUCGAGCAAUAUGCCAGGAAAUUUAUAGAGCUUGGGCGUUUUGCGUCUCAUUUGAUAGCCACCGAAGAGUUGCGGGCCGAACGGAGCAGCUCUGGGUCGCCGCAGAAGUUCGUGCAGAGGAUCGGGUCUCGAUCGCAGGCAGCCUCCGAUGUACGUAUUGGGGGUCGAGCUCCAGUUUGUGGCAGAUGUAAUAGAGCCUAUGAGGGCAAGUGCCGUCAGGGUUGGAACCAGUGCUUUGAGUGCGGUCAGACGGGACACUUUUCUCUUGAGUGUCCUAAUUGGACCCAAGUGAAUCAAGGUGGUGAUCGAGGUGGUAGAACUGGUCAGAGGCAAUUAGGUCAAGCUCGGAUGUACGCGUUGACUCCUGGUAGUGCUGACGGCGAGGUUUCAGAGACUCAGGAUGCUGGAGUUAUGGCAGGUACGGGUUUAACCUGA